AUGGGUAUGGCAGGGGCCUUAAGUCAGUCGGGAGGAACCCAGCUGGGAGUGCCGGCCGGCGCCCAGGGGGGGCGGAGCAAGCGCGCCGGCCUGCCAGCCCCGCAGGUCAAAGACGCCGUCCACGUGCUGGAGGACGGCGUGCACGUCCACCUGUCCAACGGCAGCGGGGAGCAGUACGUGCCGCCGCUGCAGCGACCAGGCGCCAUCUGGGACGACACCCCGCGGGGCAGCAGGAGCGCCCCGCUGGCCAUCGAAAUGUACGCCUACCUCACCGGCACCGUCGGGCUGGUGCAGGUGAUCCCGCACGGGAUCAUGGCCUCCUGGACGUCGAAGGAGAAGGUGCCCAUGGGAGGACGACAGCGAAAGGCGCUCGUGGCGGCGUCGCGCGUGACGUUCACUGUUUGUGUCCGCUCCAGCCUCGCGUCGUGGCCAGCGGAGGCAAAGCGAGACUGGCUCUGCGGGCGGAGGCUUGACACGAUGGCUUUCCGAGUGAUGCCUUCUUGUUGGCUCGAGAUGCUCCAGUCGAUUGACAGUGGCAGUGGCGCCGCGCAGUCCAAGGAGCAGGAACUCAAGGGGAGACUGAAGCACUAG